AAUUAAUGUACAUAAUUUUGUUUCUUUUGUAUAGCUUAUCAUAGUUGAGGGACUAGUUUGUAAAUAUAUUCAGAUUAGUUAGCUGGUAGAUAAGUCGGUUAGAUCUGUAAUGUAUAUACAGAAAAGUUGUUUUCAUUGUAAUUAUUAAUUGAAAACAGAAUUCUUUACUAAUUCUCUCGUUCAACAUAAUUCUCUCGUUCAACAUGGUAUCAGAGCGGUUCGUGAUCUUGAUUUUUUUUUUUUUUGCAUUCUAUUUGAUUUUCAUCAAUUCAUGAUUCUUCUUCAUUUUUGUUUCUCGUUUUGAUUGCUUCAAUCAUGUCUGAAAAUAGAAGUGAUCCGAUUUCUUCGAAUUCUCAAUCAUCUUCUUCAUCUAUCAUUGAAGUUUCUAAUCCUCUGUUUUUAGCUUCAUCUGAUAAUCCGAGCACUAUUUUAGUUUCAAAAGUUUUUGAUGGAACUGGUUUUGCCUCAUGGAAAAGAUCCAUGACUCUAGCUUUAUCUGCUAAAAAUAAGAUUGGUUUUGUCGAUGGAACUAUUCAAAAACCAGAUGAGAAUUCAAAUCAAUUUGAAACCUGGAAUCGAGUCAACUCUAUGGUUAUCAGCUGGUUGUUGAAUUCUCUCUCAAAAGACAUUGCUGAAAGCGUUUUGUUUUUACAAACUGCUUGUGAUAUUUGGAAUGAAAUCAAUCAGCGUUAUCAACAAGCAAAUGGUGCGUUGGUCUAUCAAAUUCAGAAGAAGCUGUUCUCAACUACUCAAGGAUCUGAAGAUUUUUCAUCAUAUUUUACAAAAAUGAAGAAGAUAUGGGAUGAGUUGAACAUGAUUCAAGAAGUUCCGGCUUGCACAUGUGGUUCUACAGCCAAGAUCAAGAAGUAUAUUGAAGAACAAAGACUUAUUCAAUUACUUAUGGGAUUAAACGAAUCUUAUAAGUCAACUCGUGGUCAGAUCUUGAUGAUGAAUCCUCUUCCUAGCAUUGCUACGGUACAUUCUUUGUUAAUUCAUGAAGAGAGACAACGUGAUAUCAAUUCAAUCCCUAACAUAAUUGCUGAUUCAAUGGCAAUGAAUGUUAAUCAUCAAACUUCAAAUUCAAACAAUUCUUUCAAUAAGAAGAAUUUGCAGUGCACUCAUUGCAAGAAAUCUGGUCAUGUCAAAGCAACAUGCUACAGGAUCAAUGGCUUUCCAUCCGAUUUUAAAUUUACCAAAUCUAAGAGACAAGAUUCUACUGUUCAGAAUGUUAUUGACAAUUCUACCCCUGGUGGAGGAUCUAGUAGUGUAGAUAAAGCUUCUAUUGAAAAUUCUACAAUUUCUACUCAGCAGUAUCAACAAUUGAUGCAGCUCAUGAGUAAUCUCAGCAACAAUUUCAACAAAUCUGUCAAUUCUGUGAUAACUAAUGGUGCUAUGGAUAGUUCAGGCCCCUUCGUCGAAGAGUAAUUUGAUCAUUGGAAAAAGAGUUAAUGAUCUCUACAUUCGUGAUUACAAGUUUCUCAAACAACCAUCAACAUUUCAUUCUUGCCUUUCUUGUAAUAAAAGCAAUGCUCUAAAUCUUUGGCACAAUAGAUUAGGGCAUUUGCCAUUCAAUAAGUUGAAACUUUUGUCUCUUGUUUCAAAUGAAUGUAGUUCUUUCUUUGAUUCUUGUAAAAUUUGUUCUCAAGCAAGGCAACAUUCUAUGUCUUUUUCAAAUAGUGAA